AUGGUUAAAAUGGUGUAUAGACAAGAGUUGAAAGCUGUGGGUACUGUGGCGCAUGAGUGGAGUAUGGCUGCUAGUGCACAUUGUGAACCUGUUGGUGUGGAUAUGGGCAUCGGAAGAAUAUUGUCAAAAGAACGGAGUCGUAGCUAUGGUAAAGGAAUUCAUCUCACGAAUGAGUAUAAGAAGGCUACGAGUUCUUCUGAGAAGACUACGGCUAUGAACAUCGUCAUGAAGUUGCAUGAGGUUGAUGGAAUCAUAGUCAUAAAGCUCUUUGACGACACAAAGAUACUGGAGACGCAAAAGCUCCUGCCAAAGUUUUGGAAGCUAUAG